AUGAUACCACAUAUUAACGAAAGCAAAGACGAUUUUGAAGACAUUGAAAUAAAAUAUCAGCACCAACCGUUGAGACGCGCAAAAUGGCAGCAAAAAAUACUUCUCAACAGACCUCUUCAUUUCACACUAGUUUUUCUCCUGCUAGGAGUAGUAUCACCGUUGCUUCUUUAUCACUUAUAUUUCUUAACCAGUUAUAAUCUACCGCCGCCCGACGGCUAUUCUACGGGCUCUUGCGUUAUAUCAAGAAGUAUAAGAAUCCCAUGUGGGAUAGGAUUUGUCCCAGAAGAAGAAUCCCAUCCUCAAUGUUGUUACGAUGGUAACUCACACAUGUCGUACCAUCGCAUUCCAUCAAGAUUUUCCUACAUAAUGAACGAGCCCUGGAAUGAAUACGUUAUUCUACAUCCUCGUGUGGCAACCGUGCCUUACUCGAACCAAAACAGUAUACCAAAGAUGAAAUUAUCUAUAGACGAGGAAUCUGCGACACAUAUGAUUAUGACAUUGUACAAUGCUCGAAAUGAAUCUAAGGUCGGUAAAAGGACUUAUGACAAAAAAUAUUCAUAUCGUGUGACUUCACCAGAGUUGAACAUAGUUGUUAAUGGCACACAAGGGCCUAUAUUUAAUAUGGAUGGAGGACCCCUGAUUGCGUCUGAUAAUAUCUGGGAGAUAUCAUUCACAUUGACGAACGAGUCUUUAUACGGAUUUGGAGAGAUACCAAUAACAAAAAAUUCUACCAGAAUAAUAUAUCAGAAUGGAGCCCAUAAUUCCGUUCCGUUGAUAUUUGCCAAAAUUGGAAAAAACUUCCAUGGUCUGUUAAUAGAUAUAAGCGAUCCGACAGAAGUGACAGUGACUCUUGAGAAUCAGAUUUUAAUUCGAAGUAUAACUAAUUAUGGCUUAAAAUUGCAUUUAUUUACUGGACCUGAGCCAAGGCAUAUAAUGAAUGAUGUAAGGACAGUUAUAGGUAAUUAUAGUAAAUUGGAAUAUUGGAUGCUUGGCGUUCAUAUUUGCAACGAAGUCCCACAAAUAAAUCUAACAUCCUUUAUUGCCGAUGCAAAUAAAGAGAGGAUGCCGUAUGACAGUAUUUGUGGCGAUGGUCCUAUAGUUUUUAAUAGCGAUCAGUGUGCCGACAGCGAAUCGAGCAAUAUUGCUGCUGUAAAUAAUGGAGCGAAUUUAGUCAGAAAUGCUGGAAGAAAAUUUGUUCCACACGUUUCUCCAUAUAUUCGCUACCAAAAGGCUAACUUAUCCGAAGAAGAAAAUGAAAGAAGUAUUAAUGAAACUAUCAAAAAUUGUCACAUAAUACCGACAUUUGAAGAGAAAAUGUAUCGUUUUCCAAAAACCAUGGAUUUAUACACAGGAAAAGUUGAUGAUUAUGAUGUGGUCUACCCGAGCUAUGAUGAAGAAUCCGACGUGCUUAUGAAGAGCUUGUGGGCUUAUACUGAUGAAUUAGAUGGAGUAAUUCUAGAAAAUAAUUGGCCAUUCGAUCAAUCAGAAAAGAAGCUAAACGAAACGACAAACUAUUUACCUUAUUUCAAUGAGAUUUUCCAAGAAGCUUUUAACCAUACGCCACAAUGGAACCUAACACUUGUAAACAACAGCAACCCUUAUUUAUUUAAGCACAAUAAAUACGGGGAUAAUUUUGCCAAAAAGUUCUCUAAGUUAUCCAACGACACAUUAAACAUAUGGUCAAGUAGUUUAUGGAUGAAUGGUCGCUUUGCAAUAAAUAGACAAAACAUAAACGCGUCGUGGACCAAUCUUCAUAAAGAACUGCUGGCAUCUGCACUAGGGGGAAUAUCAGGAUCUUGGCUUUGGUCGACCCCGAUUUGUGGUGAUAACGAAAACUUUAACCCAGAAAGCCAAAUAGAGCUAUGUAUCAAAUGGUAUAUGGCCGCGACAUAUUUUCCGAUGAUAAAAAUACAUUCCAAAAAACACGCACGAUAUCCUUUCGCUUAUAAUGGUACUCAUAAGUCUCUUAUGAUGACUUCUUUAAAAAAAAGAAUGGAACUUUUACCAUAUUUCUAUACAACGCUACAAGUAGGUCCAUUACUUAGACCGAUGUUUUAUCAGUUUCCAUCAUCAGUAGCUUUGCACAAUAUAAAUACUCAAUUCAGUGUAGGUGAUAAUUUACUGAUUGCUCCAAAUUUACAACCUAUGCAAAGCCAUGUCCAUAUCUGGCUUCCUCCUGGUACCUGGUAUGAAUUUUCUAGUGGGCUCGAACUAAAAGGAAAUGAAGGCGAUCCUGUUACUAUGACAACAACGGAGUCUGAUUUUUUAACUUUCAUCAGAGGUGGAUCGAUUGUACUCAUACAAAGGGACCCAACACAAAUGACAGCAGAGCAAUCGCGUUUCCUAGAUCCUUUCUCAGCCAUAAUCGCUUUAGAAUGUAGUAAGCAUAAUGGAACAGAUACAUGCAAAGCGUCAGGGAAGCAAUAUUUUACACCAGGAAUGGCUUUACAUUUCUCAGCUAACGAGACUACCAUGAUUAUAACAGCUGAGGGUACAGAUUUUGAUCCGAUCUGUAAUUUUAACACUGGCACAUGGGCAUACGAUAUACGUGAUUUUAGUAUAUACGGUCUGCACGAAAAACACAAUAAUUACGACCACCGCAGGCAAUUCCAAAAUUUUAUUGAUUUAUGCAAUUUGCGUGAUCGUGAUGAAAUUUUUAUUAAUUUAUUA